CUGCACACGGAUCUGCACAGCUGUAAACAAACAUGGCUCUGAGACGAGCGCUGCAUUUUGUUUUCAAAGUUGGUGACAGGACGAAAACUGCCACGUUUUACAGAGAUGUUCUGGGAAUGAAGAUUUUGCGACACGAAGAGUUUGAGGAGGGCUGCAAAGCAACUUGCAAUGGCCCUUACGACGGGAAAUGGAGCAAGACAAUGGUUGGCUUUGGUCCAGAGGAUGAUCAUUUUGUGGCUGAGCUGACAUACAAUUAUGGAGUGGGAGAGUAUCAGCUCGGCAAUGAUUUCCUGGGACUCACGCUGCAGUCAAGCCAAGCCGUGAACAAUGCCAAGCGCCUGGGAUGGCCCCUCACUGAGGUGGGAGACGCUCUGUAUCUGACCAAGGCUCCUGGAGGUUAUCCAUUCUACCUGGUAGACAAACCGCAGCCAUCUUCUGACCCAGUGCAGAAGGUUUGUCUCGGAGUGUCAGACCUCCAGAAAUCAACCCAUUACUGGUCUUCUCUGCUGGGAAUGAAGGUGAUGGACACGAACGAGGAGAAGAAGACGGUCCUGAUGGGAUUCACAGACACCCAGUGUAAACUGGAGCUUCAGGAUAUCGGUGGAGCCGUUGACCAUGGAACAGCAUUUGGACGAAUCGCGUUUUCAUGUCCACGAGAACAGUUGCCGGACCUGGAAGCUUUGAUGAAGAAGGAAACUCAGAGAAUCCUCACUCCGUUGGUCAGCCUGGACACUCCUGGAAAAGCCACAGUAGAAGUGGUUAUUUUGGCCGAUCCGGACGGCCAUGAGAUCUGUUUCGUGGGAGACGAGGCGUUUAGGCAGCUGUCCGCAGUAGACCCCAAAGGAAACGAGCUGCUGGAUAAGGCCAUGGCUGAGGAUAAAAGUGACGAGUGGUUUGCCAAACACAACAAACAGAAGGCUGCUGCGUGAGCAGAAAGACCUUUUCUGUAAAACGUGGCACCGUUAAUGCUUCAGCUGUUGAUAUGACGAUACAGACUGUACGAGCCACCUGUCGCACUGUUAUUAUCCUGAACCUGGCAGUGGGAGCCGUGUUUCAUGAGUCAACGUAUGGGCUGCUGUUGCAUUCAACGCCUUAUAAAUGGACCAUUUGUUCAAUUACAAACAUUUUCUUUUUAUCAUGAUUCCAAUCAAUACAACAUCAUUGCUUAGUAAAAACUAGUUCAGCCUUUAAUUUUGAAAUGAUAUCUUCAAAACUAGAAGCAAGUAUUCCAUCCAUCCAUCCAUCUAUCGUACCAUCCUUCUCUGACAUCCUGCAGUAAAGUGACAAUUCAGUGUGAGGCUGUUUACACGUUACCCUUACCCACUGUCAUACAAUAGCACUUCUUUUGUCGUGUGACACACUUUAUAGCAAAAUGUCUUCAUUUGGUUUUAUUAAAAGACUCAACAUCUUAAAACGUUCCAAGAGUUUUCUCUGUUUGCCUGUUUGAGUUGAGGUGGCAUUCAGAAUCCUGUCAGGAAAUGUUAUUCAACCCCACGGUUGAGUAAACCUCCAGCAUGCUGUUCAUGAUCACUCAUGACAAAAAUGGAGUCAUAGAAAGUAUUUAUUGUAUUGACCCUUGAUCAGACAAAGUGUGUGUUCCUGAACAAACAAGUCUUUUGUUCCAGCAGCCAUUUCUCUGCUCAGCAGCUGUAAACAAAUGUUUCUGUGUGACUGCAUCACAAAUUGCUUCUGCUCGGUUGAUAAAGCUCAGCCUGUAUCGCCUCACAAACAGCUUUGUGGAUCAAACUGAAACUCCGGCCUCGUAGGACUCACUCAGCUUCUUCAGCAUGUUUCUUUGAUUGUCCAGGUCGAACGAGCCACUCCUUUCUCUCAAGGCAAACUCUCCUUUAGAGGACGUCGCCUGCUCCGUCUUUGUCUUCUGUAAAUUUCCUUCA